CAAGCUUAACUUGGAGGAAUGGAAGCGUUUCUAUUCUAACAAUAAUACACGUCCAGAUGCUAUUAAUUGGUUCUGGGGUCAUUAUGAUUCGGAAGGAUAUUCUAUUUGGCGUGUGGACUAUAAAUAUAAUGAUGAGUUAACAAAAAUCUAUAUGAGCAGUAACCUUAUUGGCGGCUUUUUCCGUCGUUUAGAGCGAGCGCGCAAGUUUGCAUUCGGAAGUUUGUUGGUUUUUGGCGAAGAAAUACCAGAGGAAGUAAGUAAUGCUGCAGAUUUCGAAUGUUAUGAAUUCAAAAAGGUAGAUCAUACAAAUCCUAAAGUUCGUUCCAAUUUCGAGGAUUAUUUGGCUUGGGAUGGUCAUCUUGACGGCAAGAAAUUCGCGGAUG